ACAUCUAUUUCCACCUACAUGGAAAAUGUCACAUACAUUCCUUAAAUUUUCUACACCAAUACUGGAAUGUGUCGGUUGUUUAUACAACAUGGAUGAAGAUGAUGAAAAAUGGUUAAAUGAAUAUAAUUCAAAAUCUGGUAACAAUUUAAGUGAAGAUGAUUUCGAAGAGAUAAUGGAAUUUCUUGAAAAUCAAGCAAAAAACAAACCACAUUUGUUGGCAAAAAGACAGCUCCCAUCAUGGGAAGAAUGCCAGUCAUGGCUUCCAGAUAAACUUCUAAUACUAUCAAAUGAUUGUAAAAAUGUAUAUUCAUAUUGGAAGUCUAAACGAAAUCAACGAUUUCUACGCUACAAGACAGUAGCUCCACUAAUGUUUGAGCUAAAGGUUAUUGAACAUACUGCUGAGACAAAAGAUGAGGAAGAUAACCCAUAUGUUUGUUUCCGCCGUCGCGAACUUAAACCAAUUAGGAAGACUCGUCGUACUGAGACACAAUCUUUCGAUAAAUUAAGAAGAAUAAGGCGUGACGUACACAAUGGUCGAGAAAUAAUAGUUAAAGUAAAAGCUCGUGAAAUAUUCAAGAAGCAGAGGAUUGAAUUAAAUCAAAAAAUAUUUAUAAAAGAAUGUGAUAUAAAGGAGAUGCGGAAAGAAUUGGGAAUACAAAACAAUUCUAUUUCGGAUUCACAGCAAAGGAACAAGAACCGAAGAAUAUCUACCUCAUCUAUAGAUACUAUUGGAUCACUGAGAACAAAACCUGGCACUAAAUCCUCGAAAAAAGACAAAGAAAGUUGUGGAAUUAACUUAGAUGUAACACAUAAUCCAUAUUGUCCUAUGGAGAAACCGCGAGGAGCAACUUUCUACAGGAAAUUUGACGCUGAUAAAUUAAUGUUACCUCCAGCAUUUAGAAGUCGUUAUGGUCGUGGAGGUCGUAAACGUCAUGAAGAUUUUCAAAAUCUCGGUGCGUUCCGUACUAAAAUUCAAAAAGAUAAACAGAAUUCUCCGAGACAGUGCUCACGUGAUGAUGGUCAAGUCAGUAUUAAUAAUCUGUCAACUCAGAACCAUUCACAGAAUAGCGCUCAGGCGAAUGUAGAUCCUCGAGUUUCUCUUUCAGGUUCACAAUCUAGACCGAGUUCAGAUGUUCGAUCAAAUUCUGAACCGCGAGCUGAAGGCUCGUCUUCAAGAGGAAAUCCUGAUUCACGAAUUACAAUUGAUAUGGAUUCAUCACGUCCCAAUAUAUUACCUAGGACUGUCGUGGAUCAGCGAUCAGUCAGACCUAAUUAUGAUCCUAAUCUCACUUCAAGAACAGCAAAUAAUCUACGUACCUAUAUUGACCCACGUACUUUCUCCGACCCUCAAAAUUCAGCACAAAUUCCGAUCCGGGACCAACGUGUGAACUCGGCUAUUCCCGUGUCAAUAUCUAAUCGUGAUCAGCAUCUUUCUACGGAUAUUAAUGUAAGCCGGGAUCAACUUUUAAAUACUG